UCCCUGCCACCUCGGAAGGAUGGCGGUGGGGAUUGGCUGGCGUCCUUUCUCCACUCGCUAUAUGAUAGCAGUGAGAGCUUCUCUGAUUGGCCAUCGCUUUCAGCACCUUGCAGGAAACCUCCUGCCGGGUGGCUGCUUCCUCUGGCGCGGCGGCGCGGCGGCAGCCAUGGCAACAGCAGGGAGCAGAGAGCCUCACAGCUGUGAAACCAGGAUCAGUCUGUGGACAGACCUGGAUGUAGUGGCCAUGGAGCGACUUCAGGCAGCCCCAACCCAGCAGGAUCGACGUGCUGUACUUGCAGAGGUCCUGCCAGGUCCCCCUGUCCUUCUGGAUGCCUAUGAGGCAGCUGUGGAACUGGGCCAGGAGUUAGAGCUGUCCUCAGGGCCGCUCUUGGCCCUGCUGGGCAUUGUGCGUUGUGCCAUCUCCAUGUGCACCCAGACACCCCUGCCUGAUGUGGAAGAAUGCUAUGCCUACUUCAGCGAACUGCUGCUGUGCCAUGCUGUGCAUCAUCCUCCGGUCAGUGUGGCUGUAUUUGGGCUGACCCAGGUUGCCCGCAUCGCAGCCCACCUCUUUGGAAACGUUCUUCGGCACACCAAGCUUUAUGCCUACGUCCUUACGCCUCAGGCUUGCCUUGACUUGACCCUGGUUUAUGUGGAUAGCCCUGAGCAUGGCCCAGAGGGAGAGAUGCCCACCACCCUCUCCAAGGAACAAGGAGAGACCUCUGGGAAUCCCAGCACAGAGCCUCUGUUACAGGAGGCAGCAGUACCUGAGCUAGUGCAGGUUCCUGCAGAGAUGCAUUUGAGUAAAGAGGAUGUCUCUGUGUCUCCCCGGGCCUCUCCUAGGGGCAAGAAACACCUUCGAAGACCUCAGGGAUCCCACCAAGGAAAUAAAAGGCGUUAGAUUGUG